AUGGCCGAACAAGUUCCUUAUGGUGUGGUUGUGAGUAUCAUCAACAGGUUAGCUUCAUCAGCCUUCAAAGAAAUUGCAUCGAUUUAUGGGGUCGACGGUGAAAUAGAAAGGCUCAGAGACACUGUGGAAGCCAUCAAAGCUGUGCUUGUUGAUGCAGAGCGAAAACAGCAGAACGACCAGCUCAUCAAGCUAUGGAUAAAGAGGCUCAAACAAGUUCUUCUCAACGCAGAUGACUUGCUUGAUGAUUUACAAGCUGAACAUUUGCUUCGCAAAAGAGAUGGCAAAAGAAAGGUACGUGACUAUUUUUCAUCCUCAAAUCCAAUUGCCUUCCGCCUAAAAAUUGCUCGCAAGAUAAAAAAGAUAAGAGAGCGAUUUAAUGCAGUUGCGGAAGAUGUUUCUAAGUUGAAUUUGCAUUCAAGAGUUUUGGUAAUGAGGCAGAAUGAGAGUAACUGGAGGGAAACUAGUUCUAAGAAUGAAGAGAAUAUCAUUGGUAGGGAUGAAAGCAAGAAGGAGAUCAUUGAUUUACUGCUCAACAUUGAUAGCAAUCAAAGUGUUUCUGUGAUUGCCAUUGUUGGGAUGGGCGGCUUAGGUAAGACAGCUCUUGCCCAGCUGGUGUAUAAUAAUGCUGAAGUGAACAAAUUUUUCAAUAAGCAAAUGUGGGUGUGUGCUUCUGAAGAGUUCCAUGUGAAAGCACUGGUUAAAAAAAUAUUAGAAUCAUCAAUUGGGAGAGAUGUAAAUGACCAACAAUUACAAUUGCUUCAAAAUAAACUUGAAGAGAAUUUAAAUGGCCAAAGAUAUUUGCUAGUCCUCGAUGACGUUUGGAAUGAAGAUCAGGAAAAGUGGUUACAUCUGAAAAAGUAUUUGAUGUGUGGUGUUGAAGGUAGUAAGAUUUUAGUGACUACCCGUAAUCAAAUGGUAGCAAGAUGCAUGGGUGCGGAAAACCCAUAUGUUUUGAAAAGUCUAACAAAUGAUAUGUCUUGGGCUUUGUUAAAAACUUUAACAAUUGGACAAGGAGGAAGAAAUGUGGAGGAGUACCGCUAG